GUCUGCAGCCGGCGCUCUGUGUGGACUCUUCGUGUCGCCUUCUUUACACCAUGCCAAGCACACGGUCAAAGUCUCAAAGCUCCAUUCAGUUCCCCAAGACAAAAACGGCCAAAAAUCAAUCCAAAGCCGGACUGCGAGUUCGUUCCAAAUCGGAGAUUAUAGCUGCGGUGCCACCUGUGUCCAAGGAGUUGCCACUUAGCCCACGGAAGAGGCUUGGUGACGAUAAUCUGUGUAACAUCCCCGAGUCUCUACGAUGUUCCCCACCUAAACAAAAGUGUAAUGUGAAUAGUCCACUUAGUCCAGCCAAAGGGAGGCGUCUUAUUUUUGAUGAGAACCAAGCUGCCGCCACUCCUUUGUCCCCUGUCAAGAAGCAAGAAGAUUCUGUUGUGUUAUCCCCUCAGAAAAGAGGUCAAGAAACCCCAACCAGCUCAUCCCACCGUGGGCUGCAUGCAAGGAAGAGUGUGGGUACCCGUCUGUUCAAACAAGAAGCCUCAUGUUAUCAGCAGGUCAAGUGUGCCCUUAACACUGCUGUGCCUGAACGUCUCCUGGCACGGGAGAAGGAGACAUCGACCAUACUUUCCUUCUUGAAGGCCCAUGUGUCUUCGCAGAAGCCCGGCAGUCUCUACAUCUCUGGUGCUCCAGGAACUGGCAAAACUGCCUGCUUGAGCAAGCUGCUGCAGGAGAGCAAGGAAGUUCUUGGCGACGGCAAGACAGUUUAUAUCAAUUGCAUGUCCUUACGCAGCUCCCAGGCUAUCUACCCUGCCAUUGCUGAAGAGAUCUCAGGGAGUGGAAAGUCUUCUCUUCCUGGGAAAGAUGUGCUCAGGCAACUAGAAAAGCUGGUCACUUCCAAAGGUCCAAUGAUCCUUCUAGUGUUGGAUGAGAUGGAUCAGCUGGACAGCAAAGGACAUGAUGUAUUAUACACAGUGUUUGAGUGGCCAUGGCUGACUAACUCUAGAGUUGUGCUUAUUGGGAUUGCAAAUGCCUUGGACUUGACUGACCGAAUCUUGCCCAGACUUCAGGCCCGGCCCCAGUGCAAGCCGCAAUUACUGAAUUUCUCUCCUUAUACCAAAGACCAGAUUGCCACAAUCCUACAAGACAGACUUACACAGGCCUCUGCACAGCCAGUUCUGGAUAAUGCUGCCAUUCAGUUUUGUGCCAGGAAAGUGUCUUCGGUUUCUGGGGAUGCUCGGAAAGCAUUGGACAUCUGCAGGCGAGCUGUAGAAAUGGUGGAGUCAGAUGUCAGGAGCCAGACUGUCCUGAAGCCAAGAUCUGAAUGUUCUUCACCAGCUAAAGAAGCAGUGUCUACACCAGUGCCAAAAAAAGUUAGCUUGCCACACAUUUCCCGGGUUAUCUCUGAUGUGUAUGGUGACAAAAUGUCCGCAGGCAGUGGAGAAGAUGAGACCUUUCCUCUGCAGCAGAAACUUGUAGUGUGUUCCCUUCUGCUGCUCACACAACAUAGCAAAAUAAAGGAGGUCACCAUGGGAAAGCUUUAUGAGACUUACAGUAAGGUAUGCCGAAAACAGCAGAUGGCGAUGGUUGGCCAGUCAGAAUGUCUGUCCCUGUGCCAGCUUCUGGAGACUAGAGGGAUUUUGGGUCUCAAAAAAGCGAAGGAAGCCCGCCUCUCAAAGGUGUCUUUAAAGAUAGAGGAACGUGACAUAGAGCACGCAUUCAAGGACAAGGUUUUAAUGGGAAAAGUCUUACAUGCCGGCAUUUAAAUUCUGUUUUAUCUUUUUAAAUAUUUAAUGUAUUUUGUGUGAAUCUUCUUAAAGGCAAUUUUAGUUUAAUUGAAUAUUUAUUGUACAGUUAUAAGAGCAAUGCAACAUUAAGUAUACUUUUUAUGUGAUGUGACAAAUAACAAUGUUAGCAGAAUCUCAUGUAUUAGCUGCUAAAGCAAUCUGCAAAAUUUAUUGUUUACUGUAUACAUGUCACAUGUUAGUCUGCUCUGGAUUCAUUAUCACAGUGACACUUAGAUGUUGCAUAGUAUUAAUAAAACCAACAAAAGAAACAUUACCUGUUCAUACCCUUUGCCUGGCUUUUCUGGGAGUACGAAGUUGAUGAUCUA